GUUUUUUCUUUUUUCUUUUCUUAACGGGUGUGUCAUGUUUUCUUGAGGGAGAGAGUGAUUUACAAGGAGGUGGAAAAGCUCCCCCCGUUUUCUAACUAAGAGACAAGCAGCAGAGCAUCAACAACUUACGUGUUACAUAUUAUAUUUUUCUUUCCUCACUUGUCUCUUCGUGGGUCUGUUGUGGAGAGAUCACGGAAAAAUCCCAUAUUAAUUGACCCUAAUUUAGACCAAUCUCUCGUUGCGUUUUGCAUUGAAAUGCGCGAUAUUGGAGGAUCUUCUGAUGGAGAGUUUUAAUUAUUAUUAACCAGUGUGUUGCCAAUACACGUCAUUGAACGACGACACGAUCUUUUCUUUUUCUUUCGGGGGAAGAAGAAGAUAGGAGAAGAAAAAAACGCCUGAAGAAUGGAGGAGAGUGGUGUCGAUCUCAAUUACGAUUUCGACUUUGAUUGCAGUGUCUUUGAAGAUGAUAGCAGCCUAUCGACAAUGCUUCUCAAACCCAGUGGUUUCUAUGAGCUCAAAUCCAAGACUGUCCCACCAGCCGAUCAAUCGCCUACCUUCAAGAAUGCAACACUCACAUCGCGAACACACUUAAGGCAACAACUGCAGCGUGAACAGCAGCAGGAUUUGGAGAGGAGAGAAGCCGAAAGGAAGAAUUGCCAACAAAACCAUCAGACAUCACCUCAAACAUCAUCAAGUGUUAAAGUUACCCUACAGAGUGUGGAUGUUCCACCGCAAGUGCUAAAAGUUCAAACGGCUCUUGAGAACCCAACGCGGUACCACGUGAUCCAGAAGCAAAAGAAUCAAGUACGAAAAUACCUCAAUGAAUCCUUCCAAAAUCCAUCCACGUGGGCAAAUGAGUGUGGUGGAGCUUUUAAAUAUUUGCAGAAUCCAAAAGAGUUUGUUGAUUUUGCAACGAGAGCUACGUACCCACAACCAGGCUUACCUCUACCACCGGGACCACAUGGGGUUAGAUCAGUUGCAAUGUCAACGGCUAGUCCUGACACGGCUAUGUCACCGAGUAUCAGCUCCGUAGCUACCAGUACUACAUCUGGAGAGGCUGAAGAACUCAUUGAUGAAUUUCUCUACUUUGAUCCCCAAUUUAGUCGUGGGAAUCCGUAUAAAACGGAAAAGUCUGGCUCUGAAACCAGCAUUAAGCAAGAACCAACGCAUCUCACGGAGCAAGAAAAGAAGGAUCGUUUGAAGAAGGACAAUCAUAAUCAAAUUGAACGCCGACGUCGUUUCAAUAUAAAUGAUCGCAUCAAAGAGUUAGGCUCCCUACUGCCCAAGAAUCCUGAUCCAUUUCAUGAAGUUGUUCGUGACACGCGUCCCAAUAAGGGUACAAUACUCAAAUCAUCUGUUGAGUAUAUAAAAUGCUUAAAGAAUGAGGUGACGCGGCUGCGGGCAAAUGAAGUGCGUAGUCAGGAGAUGGAGAAAGUGAAUAAUCACCUUCUGAAGCGUAUAAAAGAGUUGGAAUUGCAAGUACGGACACAGAGACCGACUGAAAGUGGUUUUCAGGGUGGUCUAAUUCCUCUUCAGGAAUCCUAUAGCAUUACAACACCGGCAAAUCUCGAAGAUACAACAAUGCUUCUUGACGAUGCGGGAAAAGCAUUUAAAUGUGAAUUGCAGCUACCGGAUGUGUCAGAUAUGAGCUUGAGUCAGCUGCAGGAUUUUAUUGAUGAUGACGAUGUUCCGGUCCAUUCAGAUUCGAUGCUUUCGGAAAUUUUAUCCCCACAGACACCACCGGGUCGUCAAAAAAUUCUACUUGGACAUCGACGUCCACUUACAACACCCACCUCGCACCCUGGUGCCCCAACCCAUCUCACGGGUGAUCCUAUGCUCUCCUCCAGCACAGCACCCUCUGCCAUCGAUCUCGGUUGUAUGGGGGAUCCCAUGCUAUCACCACACGCUCUACUCGCCUCACCAGAUCGUGAUCUGGAUAUGGACCUAAGUGCCUAAACCCAGAGUGUAGUAGUACUUACUUAAAUUUUAAACCUCUAAAAAUGUACAUAUACAUUAGGGGUUUUCCCUCCAAAAUAAUAGAAAAAAAAGAAACACAGAAACAUUCCAUAUUAUUGCGAAAGGUAGAAGAAGUUAUCAAAAUAUACCAAAAAAAGAAGAGAAAGUAAGAAAAAGGAGGAGAGAAAGAGAGAGCUAUAUAAUAUAUAGUAAAUCAAACACAAUGAAGCACACGUCAGUCAAAGCAUUUUUACAUAAGUAUAAAUAUAAGUUGUGCUGUACAUAUACACAGAGGAUGAACAUUAUUAAGAUUUAGAUUUUAUUUUAGAAAAAAAAUCAUAUCACUCUCAAAAAGUCCCCCAUAUAGUUUCUGGUGUGAUUAUGUAAUACAACUGAAGAAGUAUCUAUCUAUGUAUGUACAUAAAUAUUUAAAUGGAAAAUGUGUGUACAUAUGUAUACUAUGUAUAUAUAUAAAUUUUGAAGAAAAAAAAGUCUCUAAAUUUCACACAAGUUUAGUAUUACAUGCUAAAAAAUUAUUCAAUCAAAAGGAGUUUAUUCAUUUUCUUUUACUUUUUUUUGAAAUGUCAUGAUAUUACUGGGACAGUGGCUAUAUACAGAGCAGGAAAGCAAGACAAAAAUAUUAAAGAAAAUCUAGAAAAAGAACUUUCAACUCAAAAACAUCAAACCAAAAGAUGAACAUUUCAAAAAAAAUCGGUGCUCUUUUUUUUUCUUGAUAAACUCAAGGAAUUUUUUCAUGAUUGAAAAUGUUAAGAUUGUUCUGAUUUAGAAUUCUUUUUAGUUGUUUGUUACUGAAUUCUAAAAGUUAGAUAUUUGAUAAAACAUUUUAUUUUCCUUUGCACAGUGUUUUGAGAGGAUGAAUUAAAAAAAAUUUACAUAUCACUUCAAUUGCUGUGACUUUGUGAUUAAUGAAAGUUUUAAAAAAAAAUACACGAAAAAGAAGCUUUGAAUUUCAAAACAGAUUGUGUGCAAUAGGUUUUUAAAAAAAUCUAAAAAAGAAAAUGUACAUAAUGUUAUGUAUGUAUAUAUAUUUUAGGUAGAACAAGGCGAUUUUACUUAUUAUUUCUUCAAGGAAAAAAAAGUUAAAGAAAUUUAAAAAAAAAAUCAAGCUGUGAGUGUUCGAUGUGAAUUCUACUGAAUUGUUAUUAAAUUUUUAGAAUAAAAUACAAAUUAGGAUUAGUUAUAUUGUAGAUAGAAAUUUUAACUAACAUUGUAUACAUAAUAUUAAAUAUUAUAUAUAAUUGAUUAAAAUUAGCGUAGUGUUGUUAACCACUGUAGUACUCAAAGGCAAUAAAAAAAGUUAAAAUAGUUACAGAA